AACGUAGUCAUGGAUUCAAAAAUUUGUUUACAGACUAAACACUAGAGUAAUUAAGUCGCGGUCUCCCAGUUAGAUUACAUUUGAGAAAAUAAUCUUUUUUUGUCUUUUGCAAUAGUAUAGAGAUUAACAGCGUCAAUUCGAGAAAAAAGUGAAUUUUGUUUAUCGUAUAAUGAAUUAGUUGUGGCGUGAUAUAUAAUGUUUCAAGUGAUAUAUUCUGAAUAGUGCGUUAUUUUUAUAAACCGAAGAUAAAAUUUUUCUGAAAUAUUAAUUUCAGUUAGUGGCAAUUUCCUCCACACUUUUAAAAUGUCAAGAAUUACGAAAACGAUUGAAAAUCCCGAAGUGCCUGGUCUCGAAAGUUUUUUUCCUCCACCUCUACCACUGCAGUCCAAAGCUACUCACUCUCCGCGGGAAGAAGAAAAGAUAAUUCCAACAUCAACACCAGCAAUAUUGGAUAAGAGUGGAGACGAGUCAGUAUUUUCGCAACCUGCACAAAAUCCUUUUUUUGCACCAUCGGAUGUCAAACAAAUCGCUGCUGUUGCACAACCCUGGUGGAUUCCCACGGAAUCUGACACGGCAGAUGUACCACAAAACUCAUCUUGGAUGGGAACAUGCACACCUUGGAUGGACUCAAACCAGAAGAAUGUUCCGCCCUGUGGCAAUGCCAAAAGCAAAUUACCUAAACGUAAAAGUGAAUCCAUAGAUCCAGCACAAGAUGCAGAAAGAACUGCGAUAGCUCAAAAACAUCUUUCAGAGCUAAUGAAACCACUACGAUGUGACCUCUGCAACGCUAUUAUGAAUUCUACUGUCCAAGCUAAAUUGCAUUACGAAGGGAAACCACAUCAAAAAAAAGUUUCCAUGUUCUUGAAUCAAAGUGUCAAGAAACUUAAGCCCGAAGAAGUCACAAGCACAUCAAAUAAGACCGACUGGAACACGUAUUGUGAUGUUUGUAUUCGCCAACUACUUCUCGACAUAAUGGUAUGCAAGACGUGGUUUACUUCGCUAAUAGAUGCAAGUCAGCAUUACGCCGGCAAAAAACAUAUCAGAGCCACGACAGGGGCAACCAAGCCUAAAACAAAAAAGCCUACGCCGGCUACUUUGCCAAUCGAUUCUACUGGUCGUUUUGGGAUAGGUAUGGCAUUUUCAAGUAAUGGAGUGAUAGAAAACCCUGUGGAUGUACUUACGAUGGCUCCAGUAGCAUCAAUAGUCGACUCUCCGGUGCGCAAUCACCCGACUCUCCAGUGGCCAUUUCCGACUUUUCGUUGUGAACUUUGUAGCGUAACCACGAAUCGACCUGAACAAUUAAAGGCUCACGAACGGGGUGCUAGACAUUUGAGAAUGUUGAAGCUGAAUAAUUUUGGGAAUCCUCAUGUCGAUGAAGUGGAAGAGAGUAUCACGCAAUCGACAUCAACUUCAAUAGAUUAUUCAAUUUACAGGACUCCUUCGGAAGUCAAGGAUUCGAUACCUUUUCGCUUCACUGUUGAAGUAUCUUGUUCUUCCAAUGAUUUCUCGCAGAUGAAACAUACAUUUGAAGCCAUUGUCAGUUGUCCACAAACAUACGAUGCACGAGUCGGAGUAUUUUGCCUCUCCACGGAGAAAUGUACAAAAACCUGUAAUCAUAAAUACAUAUAUAUUGAAACGGCACUCCCUUUUUCACUACACACAAAAUGACAUUUGAAUCACGCGCCACGCGAGCUGGUACUCAGCCGCUCGACGCGACUCUCCGUGGCUAGGCGUGAAGGCUAUCGCCUCAUAGAAAUCGACUCUUUUCUUUCAUAAUUAUAUUUCUUUUGUGUUCCAACACCUCAAUUAAUACAAAAAUUACAAGAGGCAAUAAUUAAUUAAUUAAAACAAAUCAAAAAGUCAGUCGAAAAGACAAUAAAGAGAGUUCAGGUAAAACUUGUCCAGAAAACUCCAAUUGCGUGCUGGCUCCAACAGAAAUGACCAGUCACGAGCGAGCAUUUGGUUCCAGGGGAAAUAAUGAUCGAAAGUGAUCAUAAUUUAUUCACUUAACGUUGAUUGAAGAAAACUUGCUUUAUUUAAGCUUGAAAAUGCAAAAUACAAUUUUUGUUCGCUAAAAGCAGUUGAUUUUAUACGAAAAUCAUUUAUUUUUCAAAAGCGAGGGAAAACAGCCUCUAGUUUGUCCAAUUACAGUUCGAGCGGGAAUUGGAGAACCAAUCCCAGAAUUUAGCAAUCGAAACUCUGGUUCGAGAUUAUUUUCUAAGCGAAUCAAAGUCCAAGUUAUUUUUAGAGUGAAUUAUCAUCAUUAUUCCUUUGUUCAAACGAGUAUAAAAGGCCGUGCGGAGCAACCACGGCAGCUCAUUUCUGAAUCAGCUCUCGCUUCUAGUACAGAGGUAGUGACUCUGGAAAACAGUGACUCUCGAGGAUAAGCUCCAACGAACCAAUAACCUUAAAAAAGUCCAAAUUUCACGCCGAGAGGGAGGGGAUUGUGCGAUUCCGUGCAGGCCAAAGAUUCGAGGGUGAAAUUCCUUUCCGAUCACGCUGAGAGGGAGGGGACUGAGCGAUUCCGUUCAGGCCAAAGAUUCAAGGGUGAUUUCCUAUCCAUUCAGUUUGAGAGGGAGGGGACCUUGCGAUUCCGUGGGGUCCGAAGAUUCUCAAACUUGAUCCAUCUUUCCUAUGCUAAAGAGGGAGGGGACGGUGCGAUUCCGUACGGUCUGCAGAUUCUUGGCAUAGGCCCCUUUUCCUCAACCCAUUUUUGAUUUUAUUUUGUUGGAAGCAAAAGAUUAGUUUAAUUUGAAAAUAAAAGCUUCAUGAUCCUCUUAGAGGCGAGAACUGAUUCCAUUCUCCAAAUUAUUUCAAUUAUUUAACAGAGACAAAACUUUGAUAGAAAAAGAAAAUUUAUUUUUGUUUGUCCAAAAAUUAAUCAAUCUCCGUUGAUUUGUAUCGAGUCAAUCCAAAAACAUCAGUCAAAAUUGUAUAGAAGCAGAAAAUUAAUCGGAUUGAUUAAAUUUGAGAAUUGAGACAAACAGGAAUUAAUUUCUGAGCUCACAGAUUAGAAUUUAUCAGAAUUGUCAAAAGAGAGCAGAAAUAAUUAAAUUGGACAAAUUUCUUGCACAAGUUUAUUGAAAUUAGAGAAAGAAAACCUAAAUUUGGACAAGUUAUUGAAUUUAGGGAGAUAUUCUCAUUUACACCAUAAAACACCAACGAUUUGCAUCACAACUUCUUUUGUAUACUAAAACCGAUGUGAAUAAACACGAUCAUUAUAAUUUUGACUACAAAUUUUCACUCUUUCGUU